CUUUGCUUCACAUCAUGCAAAUUUAAACAGAAGGUUGACUACAUUACAAUGAAAGAUCAUAGUAUAGGAGCCACUGUGUCUAUAGAGGACUCGGUAUUGCAGUUCAAUUACAUUUUAAAUGCUUGUGGAGGAUUGAAAACAGCUGCUGUGCUGGGAGCUCCUACCAGCGGUUGUUGCACAGAAACUAUUAAAACAGGUUUAACAGCAUUUAGGAAGUAAAGUACACCACCAGCAUGUAAAACCCUCAUUCUCAGCUACCCUGUCAUGCUGUGACAAGGGAACAAAACACAAUCAAAUCAAAUAGCAUGUUGAAUCUGGUGGAGUGCUCUCUGCACAGUUGCUCACUCCUUUCGCUUUUGAUAAACUCUUAUCAUCGCAGCCUGGCUCUGAUUGGGCAGGAGCUGAAAAGGGAAGUAAGAAGCGUCGAGCUGUUUCCCUGUUUAUUAAACCAUAGAAAAAAGUCAGGUACGGGACACAAAAGCGAAAAUCUUUACAGCUAAUUCAGGUGAAAGAAAUGCACUUCCCGGGGUAACAUACUGCGACUAAAAGGCAGAGAUAGGAAAGUUUCACUUUGGAUUAAUUAAUGUGAGAGGUCACAGUUUCUUCCUGCUCGGCUGGACUCCAGGAAAGAAAACCAAAAGAAGUCGGGCUUUUGAUCAAGAUUUAAUGAGCAGCGAAUGAGCAGAGAUGGACCGGGGACGACCGCCAGCGGAAAGCAAGGCUGAAAAGAGGCUGAUUGACAGCAUUUCUUCUCCUGCUGAGAAUAAAAAGAGGCCAAUCAGAAGAGUGCAAAGUCCAUCUGGACCAAGAGCAUGGCAGUCCAGGUCUUGCAGACAAAAGUUUGGAGGACAUGUCUACAAGUCUCGUUUUUCAGGGGACAUCCAUUCAUUCCACAAAGCUGGUUUCAGCAGUCAGAACCACCAUUACCUGAAGCCCCGGGCUUACGUCCAUCACAACAAUUACCCUCCACCUAAACCUCGGCAGCUCACACUGAAGGACAAAGAGAAGCAGAGGGAGAAAGCGAGGAUGAAGGAGAAGAAGAGGGAAAAGGAGCGCUACGAGCAGAGGGAGAGCACUGAUGGUAGUUCACCAAUAAAACAAAACAACACUUCUAGGCCUGUCUUACCAAGGUCCACUUCCAGCAGAGACAAGGACAUGCAGUUCACUGUUUUUCAAAACGAGAGGAACCAAAGCAGAGAGCGAGAUCACACAGCGACCAAAAGCAAAGACAGAGAGCGAGGCAGAGAUGGGGAGCUUCCUUUAACUGCGAGCCAGACGGCAGCACGAGACAGAGCCAUCCAACAGAAGAGGAGAGAGAUAGAUGAGGUGUAUUACCAGGAGUGUGAAAUGUUCGGCCUUGUAGCAAAGAUGCUGAUUGCAAAGGAUUCAUCCCUGGAGCGUCCCAUCCAGUCGUCACUGCAGGAGAACCUCCGGGACAUUGGAAAGCGCUGUGUGGAAGCUAUGGAGAGAUUUAUUGAAGACUAUGACUCCAGGGAACUUUUGCACUAAUCACACACAUCGCUUUAUGUGUCUUUGGUGACAGUGACUCAGUGAGAUUUACAAAAUUAAGUUUUAUUUCAAUGAGUACAUCUUUUUGUGUUUUAUGUAGAAUGCUCUGAAAUGUUUUUUAAAUGGUGCCUGACCAUCUCCAGUCCAAUACUGUUGGAAAAUUGCAAUGUCAUGCUGAAGAUUUUAAUGUCAUUGUAAAAUAAAUACACUGGUCAUUGAGCCUGAAAUGGACUAAAACUGGAUAACUGUGGAAUAAUGUCUGUGUCUUCUCACUAUUUUUAAUAGAAUUUUAUACUGUCUUUGCAGCAUAUGAACCAUUGCAUGGUACCAGAUAUUUUUAGAAACCUUUUCAUGUCAUGGCAAAAAGAAAAUAAAUGGGUCACUUGGUGACUAGGAUACGUGCACUUGGUAAA